UAACAAAAUAAAAAUGAAAAACCCAAAAAGAUGUUGUAAAAAUCUAAUCUUUUUUAGUUUCCCUCUUUACCCUUUUCUCAUUACCUCCAUUGCAAAACAUAGCCACUAAAAAAACCUCAAAAGAAUGAAAUUCAAAGACAACUUUACUUUACCUUAAAAAACACUCACAGAAAUUUAAAACUAGGGUUUUUGUUUGAAGGUCUUCAAAUGUCACAUGUAUGCAAAUGCAAAAAGACACUACUUGUAAAGGACAAAGUAGAUUAGGUCACUUGUGGAUUUGAAGAAGCUUUCUUGGAUUCUUUGGAUUUUGACAGUAAGAAAGUCCUUCCUUUUUUGUGGAUUUAGCUUGAGGACCUAUUUGAAGAUUGAGCUUGGUUCUAACUAAGCUAUAACAAGAAGGGUAUUUUGGAAAUUUAAUUUGUACAUGUUUGUUGGCAGUGUUGAAAGAUACUAGUAGUUGCUAUCCUUUUGAAGUAGAAGAGUCAAAGCUAUGAAGCUCUUUAGUCUUUUAGUGUUAUCUUUAUCUUUCUUUAGUAUUACUAUUAUGGGGCAGCUUCCUUCACAGGACAUUUUAGCAUUGUUGGAAUUUAAGAAAUGCAUUAAGCAUGACCCUACUGGUUAUGUUCUGAAUUCAUGGAAUGAGGAAUCCAUUGACUUUGAUGGAUGUCCAUCUUCAUGGAAUGGUGUUCUUUGUAAUGGUGGUAAUGUUGCUGGUGUUGUCCUUGAUAACUUAGGUCUCUCUGCUGAUUCUGAUUUGAGUGUUUUUUCAAACCUCUCAAAGCUUGUGAAACUUUCCAUGUCCAACAAUUCCAUAUCGGGAAAAUUACCAAAUAACAUUGCCGAUUUCAAAAGCCUUGAAUUUCUUGAUAUUUCCAAUAACCUCUUUUCCUCAUCCAUACCGGCUGGAAUCGGUAAGUUUGGUAGCUUGCAGAAUCUGUCGUUGGCCGGGAAUAACUUUUCCGGUCCAAUUCCAAACUCUAUUUCAGAAAUGGCUUCCAUUAAAUCUUUGGACUUGAGUCGCAACGCCCUUUCUGGAGCUCUGCCGUCGUCGCUACCUAAGCUGAAUAGUCUUGUAUCACUUAACUUGUCCUACAAUCGCUUAACCGGUAAAAUUCCCAAAGGUUUCGAACUUAUUUCCAGCCUUGACAAACUCGAUUUGCAUGGGAAUAUGUUUGAUGGUCCUUUAGACGUUGAGUUUAUGCUUUUAUCUAGUGCUAGCUAUGUUGAUUUAAGUGAUAACAUGCUACUGAGUUCUAGUUCUGGGAAAUUUCUACCGGGAAUAUCUGAAAGUAUUAAGUAUCUGAAUCUAAGCCACAACCAGCUUACUGGCAUAUUGGUUGGUGGAGCUGAACAACCUGUUUUCCAAGACUUGAAGGUGUUGGAUCUCAGCUAUAACCAAUUGAAUGGAGAAUUGCCUGGAUUUGAUUUUGUUUAUGACCUCCAAAUCCUUAAGCUUAGCAACAACAGAUUUUCAGGAUUUAUUCCUAAUGGCUUGCUUAAAGGUGAUUCUUUGGUUUUAACUGAACUCGAUUUGAGUGCCAACAAUCUCUCAGGGCCAUUGAGUAUGAUUACAUCAACAACACUUCACUUUCUGAAUCUCUCGUCGAACGGUUUCACUGGUGAGCUGCCACUGCUUACUGGAAGUUGCGCCGUACUUGAUCUGUCAAAUAACAAAUUUGAAGGAAAUUUAACCAGGAUGCUGAAAUGGGGGAACAUAGAAUAUCUUGAUCUCGGGCGGAAUCGUUUGGCAGGGAAUGUCCCUGAGGUAACACCUCAGUUUUUGCGAUUGAAUUAUUUGAAUCUAUCCAAUAAUCGUCUCAGUGACGACCUUCCAAAAGUUUUAACACAAUAUCCAAAGCUUAGAGUGCUUGAUAUCAGUUCCAACCAAUUAAAAGGUGUUCUUCUAACCGAAUUGUUCACAAUGCCAACAUUACAAGAGCUCCAUCUUGAAAAUAAUUUGAUCAAUGGUGGCAUCAAUUUAUCGUCUUCUCUUGACCAAUCUCAUCUUCAAGUUCUUGAUCUUUCUCACAACCAACUUAGUAGUUUUUUUCCUGAUGAGUUUGGAUCAUUAACUAGCCUGAGAGUACUGAACAUUGCUGGAAAUAACUUUGCUGGUUCUCUUCCAACCACUAUUGCUGACAUGAGUUCUUUAAACUCCCUUGAUAUAUCAAAUAAUCGUUUUACCGGUCCACUUCCAAAUAGCAUGCCAAAGGGACUCAGAGACUUUAAUGCUUCUGAAAAUGAUCUAUCUGGAGUUGUCCCAGAAAUUCUUAGGAAUUUCCCUAGUUCUUCUUUCUUUCCUGGGAAUGCUAAGUUACAUUUUCCGAAUAGUCCUCCUGGAUCAACGGUUUCACCUACCAAAAGUUCCAAGGGGAAGUCUAUGUCCACAGCUGUUAAAGUAAUAAUCAUAGUCUCAUGUGUGGUUGCUCUUUUCAUAUUAAUCUUACUGGCUGUCUUCAUACAUUACAUACGUAUGUCGCGAUCUUCUACAUCAGAAUAUGAUACAGCUACUGGUAAGGAUACCCGCGGUCGCCCUCAACCAGUUAUCUCUGGACCGAUUCGUCCGACAGAGAGGGGGGCUCCUUUGGUUGUAUCAGCUGAGGAUCUCGUGGCUUCACGUAAAGGAUCACCAUCAGAAAUAAUUAGCCCUGAUGCAAAAACUGCUGCUGUAGCUGGAUUCUCUCCAUCAAAACACAGCCAGUUUUCAUGGUCACCUGAAUCUGGUGAUUCAUUGACUGCUGAAAAUCUUACAAGACUGGAUACGAGGUCGCCGGACAGGUUGAUUGGAGAGCUGCAUUUUCUUGAUGAUACAAUAUCACUGACACCUGAGGAGCUAUCCAGGGCACCAGCUGAAGUUUUGGGCAGAAGUAGUCAUGGUACUUCUUACAAAGCAACUUUGGAUAACGGUUUGUUGUUGAGAGUGAAGUGGUUGAGAGAAGGAGUGGCGAAACAAAGGAAAGAGUUUGUUAAAGAGAUAAGGAAGUUUGCAAACAUCAGGCAUCCAAAUGUUGUUGGUUUGAAAGGUUAUUAUUGGGGUCCUACGCAGCACGAGAAGCUUAUUCUUUCAGAUUACAUUUCACCGGGAAGUCUUGCAAGUUUUCUUUAUGAUCGACCAGGAAGAAACGGUCCACCAUUAACAUGGGCACAGAGGCUCAAAAUAGCAGUUGAUGUAGCACGUGGCCUGAACUAUCUCCAUUUUGACAGAGCUGUUCCUCAUGGGAACCUUAAAGCUACAAAUGUGUUGUUAGAUACAGCUGAUAUGAAUGCACGUGUCGCUGAUUAUUGUCUUCACCGACUUAUGACUCAAGCUGGUACUAUUGAGCAGAUUCUUGACGCCGGUGUCUUAGGUUAUCGCGCACCAGAGUUAGCUGCUUCCAAGAAGCCAAUGCCUUCUUUCAAGUCAGAUGUCUAUGCUUUCGGCGUGAUACUUUUGGAACUUUUAACCGGAAGGUGUGCUGGUGAUGUGAUAACUGGUGAGGAGGGAGGUGUUGAUCUUACAGAUUGGCUAAGAUUGCGAGUAGCAGAAGGUCGAGGCUCGGAAUGUUUCGAUGCAACUUUGAUGUCGGAAAUGGGAAAUCCAGUUGUAGAAAAGGGAAUGAAGGAGGUCCUAGGAAUAGCAAUUCGAUGUAUUCGAUCGGUUUCUGAAAGGCCUGGAAUCAAGACUAUAUAUGAAGAUCUUUCUUCUAUAUAGUUUGUUGGCUCCAGCUAACUACUUGGAACUUUGACAUGUGGAAUCAAUGUCUCAUUGGUAUCAUCCCAUAUUUGUUUAGAGCAUGGCUUUUUAACAUGUUUGUAUUAACCAAUUUUUGUUAAUGUAAAGCAGAUACAUGGGUAGUACAUGAUUGGAUAUGACCAUUUGAUUUUGUCUUAAAAUGGGAAUGUGUCAUGAAAUGAUCAUUUGUUUAGCAAGAGAUGAAUGUUGUACAAUUUGGCAGUGGAAUGGUUUAGCAGUUCUAUUUGUGGUUAAUUUAAUUGUUUGCUACAAACCUGCUAUUCUGA